GCAUGACGCGAACGUAUACACGGAAGUAAGCCAUGCUAGAGUGCAGUGAGGCAGGUCGGCGUGCUCCUGCGAGUUGAUUUGCAGCGUUUAUUCAUAAAAUACAUCAAGUAUUUAUAAAAUAAUCCAGCGACUAGGCUGUCGAAAGCGUAAAUGUUUAAUUUCAGGGGGGGAAGCUGACUGCAGUGCCGUGGCUGAGGGAAAGCGGAGCCGGGAACACGUGCGGGAUGUCUGCGGGGCAUCCCACGCCGAUCUACUCCCACGCCGGACGGGGCGACUUCCAGGACGUGUACGAGCCCGCGGAGGACUCGUUCCUCUUAAUCGAUGCUCUGGAGCAGGACGCCGACAGGCUGCAGCAGCUCCGGCCGGCAGUGUGCGUGGAGGUGGGCAGCGGCUCGGGAGUGGUGUCGGCCUUCCUGGCAUCACUGAUUGGCCGCUCGGCUUUUCACCUGUGCACUGAUGUGAAUCCUGCAGCCGCACGGUGCACAGCUCAGACGGCCUCCUGCAACAGUGUUUCCUUGCAACCCGUCAUCACAGACCUGGUGGAGUGUCUCCUGCCCCGCUUGUGUGGAAAAGUCGACGUUCUUCUCUUCAACCCUCCCUACGUCGUCACACCCUCAGAAGAGGUCGGCAGCAGAGGCAUCGAGGCAGCGUGGGCAGGUGGGAGGCGAGGCCGCGAGGUGACGGACCGCUUCCUCCCUGUCGUCUCACAGCUGCUGUCCACCGGAGGCCUGUUCUACCUCAUCACCAUCGCCGAGAACGACCCAGAGGAGAUCAUCAGUCUCCUGGCGGACUUUGGCCUGAAGGGAGUCUCAUGCUUGUCCAGGAGAGCGGGGAACGAGCGCCUCUCCGUCCUGCGUUUCCACAGGACGCAGAAUUAGAUGGACAGCCAACAGGAUUAAGCUCAGCUCUGUGUGUCGGCCUUCCACGUGAUGCGGCCGUCCUCGCCGAGCUUAACGGCGCCGCUGGCCACCAGCUCCAGGGCUGCUGGGAAGGCGCGGUGCUCGGCCUGGCGGAUCCGGUCGCACAGGCUCUCCUCCGUGUCGCUGACGAGCACGGGCACCGCCUCCUGCACGAUGAUGGCCCCGGCAUCAACCUCCUCCUGAACAUGCAGCAAACAAGCAACUGAGUUCAGAGGAAAUGACAAACUGAUUUGCAGAUGUGGUUGGAAAUGCUAAAACAUCAGCAUGUAGAGGGAGUUAGCUCUAAGUGUACCUUUUUAAUAAAAAAAAAAGUGAAAUGGAAUUGGAAAGCCAGAGGGUUGCUUUGA